UCCUGAAGUUUCGCGUCCUCCUGCUCUGCCGUGCGACACUGAUUUAUUCACUCUGGUUUUUAGAAAUAAUGUUGCUGUAUGUCGUCGGACUGGUAGCUCCCUGGUUCGUCUAUCGUUGGUACAAGGAAAGGAAAAGAGUGACCAACAAAGAAGAUAAAUAUGUCUACAUCACUGGUUGUGACACUGGGUUUGGGAAUCUCCUCGCGAGACACAUGGACAAGUUGGGCUUCAAUGUAAUUGCGGCCUGUUACACUGAGGAGGGCGAGAAUGAGCUGAAGAAGAUCGCCUCCGACAGACUGAAGACCUUCCACCUGGACGUCACCGACUCCGAGAGCGUCAGCAAGACGGCGGAUUCCAUCAAGACUCUGGUGGGCAGGAACGGCUUGUGGGCCGUCGUGAACAAUGCUGGCGUGGCUCUGCCGUCGGGCCCCACUGACUGGCUCACGAUAGACGACUACAAGGGCAUGCUCGCCGUCAACCUGUGCGGCGUGAUCGAUGUGACGCUGAGCGUCCUCCCCCUCAUCAAGAAGGCCAGAGGCCGAGUGGUCAACGUCGCCAGCGUGUUUGGCCGAGUCAGCCCGUUUGGCGGGCCGUACUGCGUGUCCAAGUUUGGAGUGGAGUCCUUCAACGACAGCCUGCGGCUCAACAUGGCGCCCUUUGGAAUCAAGGUGGCGUGCAUUGAGCCGGGCUUCUUCAGGACCAACGUGACCGAUGUAGAUAUGAUGAAAAAUAACAUGACGAAGCUCUGGGACCGAUUACCUCAGAAUAUAAAGGAUGAAUAUGGACCUGAAUUCUUGAAAGCAUCUAUUGACAUGUUGGACCAGAGGUUCAGGAUGUUGACGGACAGUAAUCUGAUGAAGGUGGUCGGCUGCAUGGAGCACGCCGUCACGGCCGUUUAUCCUCGUACUCGCUACUCUGCUGGAUGGGACGCAAAGUUCUUUUGGUUGCCCGUGUCCUACAUGCCAACGUUCAUCAUGGAUAGACUUUUUCGUACAAAUAGCCCAGACGUAAAGCCCAAAGUGUCUGUACUGUAACUGCAGUCAAAUCGAUUGUCUGAGAAAAAUAAAUGUGGCUGAUUUC